CCUACGGGCUGUAGAUGGAGCUGUCCGGCCCCAGCGAGGGGGAAGGCGCCUGGAAAACGUUCUUCUUCUCUCUGGCCGGCCCAAGAGGGGAACAGCACUCCCAGGAUGCAGUUUGUGUCAACACGGCCGCAGCCUCAGCAGCUGGGCAUCCAGAGCCUGGGGCUGGACAGCGGGAGCUGGAGCUGGGCCCAGGCUCUGCCCCCGGAGGAGGUCUGUCACCAGGAGCCGGCGCUGCGCGGGGAAAUGGCCGAGGGAAUGCCUCCCAUGCAGGCUCAGGAAUGGGACAUGGACACCCGGCGACCAAUGCCUUUUCAGUUCCCACCCUUCCCUGAUAGGGCACCUGUCUUCCCUGACCGCAUGAUGCGUGAGCCCCAGCUGCCCACGGCAGAGAUCUCACUCUGGACAGUGGUGGCCGCCAUUCAGGCCGUGGAGAGGAAGGUGGAUGCCCAGGCCAGCCAGCUGCUGAACCUGGAGGGGCGGACGGGGACAGCUGAGAAGAAGCUGGCCGACUGCGAGAAGACAGCCGUGGAGUUUGGGAACCACAUGGAGAGCAAGUGGGCCGUGCUGGGGACCCUGCUGCAGGAGUACGGGCUGCUGCAGAGACGGCUGGAGAACAUGGAGAACCUCCUGAGAAACAGGAACUUCUGGGUCCUGCGGCUGCCUCCAGGCAACAAGGGAGAGGUCCCAAAGGUGCCGGUGACUUUUGUUGACAUUGCUGUUUACUUCUCUGAGGAUGAGUGGAAGAACUUGGAUGAAUGGCAGAAGGAUCUUUACAACAACCUUGUUAAGGAGAACUACAAAACCCUGAUGUCCCUGGAUGCGAAGGAUGCAGCACCCAAGCCAGAUGCUCCAUCCCAGGUUGAGCCAAGGGAAGAGCCUUGUGUGUGGGAGCAUCGUAAUCCAGAAGAGAGAGAAAUCCCAGUGGAUCCAGACACAGGAGCAGAGCCCCUGAUGCCUGCACAGGAUACAUCCUCUCAGGUUAAGCAAGAGGAAGCACUGUGUGUCCAGGGUCAGCGGGGCCUGGAGGAAAGAGAAAUCCCCACGGAAUCGAUUACCGACUCCCCAAUUUCUGCCCAGGACCUCUUGUCCCGGAUUAAACAGGAAGACCAUCAAUGUGUAUGGGAUCAGCAGGAUUUGGUAGAGAGAGAUAUCCCAACAGACCCUAAUUCAGAGUCUCUGAUUUCAGCUCAUGACAUCUUGUCAUGGAUCAAGCAGGAGGAGCAGCCGUACCCAUGGGGCCCACGUGACUCAGUGGAAGGAGAGCUCGGAUUAGACUCUGGCACCAGUGUCAGCAUGUUGAUGGUGAAGAACCCGCCCCAAGCCCCUCCGCAGCCGCAGCCCCAGCCCCAUCAGCAGAGCCUCCCGCCACUCCCGGUGGCCGAGAAUCCAGGCGGCCCCCCGAGCCGCGGGGCGGGAGGAAUGCUGGAAGACAGCUUCCCCACACUCCCCGGGGAGCGGGGCGCCUGUGAGGCGCAGAACAGCGCCCCGACGGGUGGGGAGGGCGGCGGCGCGGGCGGGGGUGCGGGCGGCGGGUGCGGCAGCUGCUGCCCAGGCGGGCUCCGGCGGAGCCUCCUCUUGCACGGGGGUCGCAGCAAGCCCUACUCAUGCCCGGAGUGCGGCAAGAGCUUUGGCGUGCGCAAAAGCCUCAUCAUCCACCACCGCAGCCACACCAAGGAACGGCCCUACGAGUGCGCCGAGUGCGAGAAGAGCUUCAACUGCCACUCGGGCCUCAUCCGCCACCAGAUGACGCACCGCGGGGAGCGGCCCUACAAGUGCUCCGAGUGUGAGAAGACCUACAGCCGCAAGGAGCACCUGCAGAACCACCAGCGGCUGCACACCGGCGAGCGGCCCUUCCAGUGCGCGCUCUGCGGCAAGAGCUUCAUCCGCAAGCAGAACCUGCUCAAGCACCAGCGCAUCCACACAGGCGAGCGGCCCUACCAGUGCGGCGAGUGCGGCAAGAGCUUCCGCUACAAGGAGUCACUCAAGGACCACCUGCGCGUGCACAGCGGCGGCCUGGGUGUUGGCGUCCCGCGGCCCCUCCAGGCACCACCGGAGCGAGACUAGGGCUGGGGGGGGUGGGGAGGAGAGAGGGGCCCGGUGACUGGA